CGCUCGGCGCGCGCCAAAUCGCGUCCCUCUCCCGUCGCCGCGUCGUCCCCAUCUCCACUCUUCGUUGUCCUCUUCCUCCUCUUCUCCCCCAUUAGGGUUUACCCUCGCCCCCUCCCCCUCCCCCACCACUCGCACUCCCCUCCCUUCCUCCCUUCCAUGGCCGCUUCGUGCUCGAAGCCCUCUCUCCCCCCCCGACCCGCCGCGAAAACCUCCGAUCCGGGGCGAGUCCCCCGUCUCCCGGUGGCUUCGAAGCGGUUUUUGAGGCACGAUGGAGUUGCCCUAGGUCGGAAGGGUCUCUCCCUUCAUUGUAGCUCCGACGGCGGCUCCGUUAAUGGCGGCGGCGUGGAGAAGGAGCGGUUCGUGGAGUGGUUCAGGGAGGCGUGGCCGUACAUAAGGGGGCACAGGGGGAGCACGUUCGUGGUGGUGGUAUCGGGGGAGAUCGCCUCGAGCCCGUACUUGGAUAGCGUGCUUCAGGACAUUUCCCUCCUUCAUGGUCUUGGGAUUAAAUUUGUUCUUGUUCCUGGAACCCAUGUCAAAAUUGAUGAACUUUUGGCAGAGAGAGGAAGGAAAGCUACAUAUGUUGGUCGCUAUCGAAUAACUGAUAUUGAUUCGUUAGAGGCUGCAACGGAAGCUGCUGGGAGGAUACGGCUUAUAAUGGAAGCAAAACUUUCUCCUGGGCCCCCUAUAUCAAAUCUUCGGCUACAUGGUGAUAACAGCCGUUGGCACGAGCUUGGCAUCAAUGUUGCGAGCGGCAACUUCCUUGCUGCUAAGAGAAGAGGAGUUGUUGAUGGCAUUGAUUAUGGAUUCACUGGUGAAGUAAAAAGGAUAGAUAUUUCACAGAUAAAAGAAAGGCUUGAUCGAGAGUGUAUUGUCAUUGUGAGUAACAUGGGAUACUCCAGCGCAGGAGAAGUAUUAAAUUGCAACACUUAUGAAGUUGCCACAGCCUGUGCUUUAGCAAUUGAAGCAGAUAAACUAAUCUGCAUUACGGAUGGCCAAAUAUUUGAUGAGCAGGGACGACUCAUUCGCUUUCUGUCUCUUGAAGAGGCUGAUCUACUGAUCAGAAAACGUGCUGAGCAAAGUGAAAUUGCUGCUAAUUAUGUCAAGAUUGUGGGUGAAGAAGCUAUUAACAGUUCGGACUAUCUUGGUUUUAGUGAAGAAGGAGGUCAUCCUUCUAGGAACAGUAUGGGAUACAGUGACAGGUACAUUGCUUCUUUCCAGAAUGGUGUUGGGUUUGACAAUGGGAAUGGCCUAUGGUCUGGUGAACAAGGUUUUGCUAUUGGAGGUGAAGAGCGGUUAAGCAGGUUGAAUGGCUAUCUUUCAGAAUUGGCUGCUGGUGCAUACGUAUGCCGUGGUGGUGUCCAACGAGUUCACAUAGUUGAUGGUACUCUUGGCGGGGCCCUGCUGCUAGAGUUAUUUACAAGAGAUGGCGUGGGGACAAUGGUAGCUAGGGAUGUCUAUGAGGGUACACGAAUGGCUAGGGCAGAAGAUCUUCCUGGUAUAAAAAGAAUCAUUCAACCAUUAGAAGAAUCUGGUGUUUUAGUUCAGAGGACUGAUCAAGAGCUCCUUGAAGCAUUGGAAUCGUUUAUAGUUGUGGAGAGAGAUGGAUCAAUCAUUGCUUGUGCAGCACUAUUUCCGUUCUUUGAGGAGAAAUGUGGAGAGGUUGCUGCUAUUGCUGUGUCUCCAGAAUGUCGCGGACAUGGGCAAGGGGAUAAACUUCUCGAUUACAUUGAGAAGAAGGCAUCAGCUCUUGGGCUGGAGAAACUUUUUCUGCUUACAACUCGUGCCGUGGAUUGGUUUGUGAGGCGUGGCUUCUCAGAGUGCUCAAUUGAGUCCAUCCCAGCGGAAAGAAGGAAAAGAAUUAAUCUCUCACGUGGGUCGAAAUAUUACUUGAAGAAGCUGCAACCAGAACGAGGUGGUAUCGCCGCCAACGACUUUGUCUUGAGAUAACGCGAAAUGCAUAAUUAACUCGCUAGCUUAUCUGUUCCUGGUAUUAAAUGUUUAAUCUUAUGCCACCAAUUUUGUUUACCUUGCGAUCAAAUUGUAGCAGUUUAUUGCAUCUUAUGCAGUGAAAAAUACGGUGCAUUAGAAUCUGAGAGAACCGUUGUUAAAUAAGUUAAAGGUUGUUCUUUUGCACUGGUGAUCUAAAUUCCGUCAACUUUCCUCGUCCAAAUAUUUAUAGGAACUUACAUAUUGCUGAAACAAUGCAACACCUGCAUUUCGGUACUUACUGUAUUAUUCGAGUUUUAUGUAACGAAAAUCUGUAUAAGAUUGUUUUGCGACCACAUCGUCGUGUCGGAGAAGGAAGAGAUUCAGCAAUGUCUAUUCAA